GGUAGCCUGGUACUAGUUUGUUAUCACCAAAAACCUAAACUUUGCAUUUUCCUCAUUCUCUCUUGUCUCAGUCUCUUCAGUUUUGAAAGAGAAUCGAUCGGAGAUGGCGAGCAGCGCGGUGGACGCAGCAGGAGAUCCGAUCCCGACGUCGGCGGUGCUGACGGCGGCGGCGAAGCACAUUCAGUUCAGGUGUCAAGAGGAGAACGUGGCCUUCCUCAAGUGCAAGAAGAAGGACUCCAAUCCCGAGAAAUGUCUCGACCAGGGUCGCCAGGUCACUCGCUGCGUCCUCUCCUUGCUGAAAGAUCUUCAUCAGAGUUGCACGAAAGAGAUGGAUGAAUACGUAGGAUGCAUGUAUUACAAUACAAAUGAAUUUGAAUUAUGUCGCAAAGAGCAGGAGAAAUUCGAGAAAAAAUGCCCAUUGGAAUGAGAACAUACUGCUUGCCCCACCAUGAUUGCAAUAAUAUAUGCAGUACGUGUGCAAUGAGCAAAUACUAUUGCGUACAAUUUCAGUAGAUCUUGUUUUUGGAUCUGGGAUGUUUUCUAUCUGUAUGUCCAAAUUUUGCUUGGGGAAUGCUUCCUAGCCGGAAAUGUUUCAACUUAUUAAGCAUAAAGGAUUACUUCUAUUGUAGUUGGAA